AUGUGCUCCCCGUCACUCGGAGAGGACUUUGCAGGCGUAUGUUGUGUGCAUAGUCAGGUCUGCGAGCUCGACGACAGCGGUGCACCAGCAUGUUGCCCUUCAGGUGCUAUUUGCACCGGAAUCGCCCCCCCGAGUCCAGCAAUGCCGACGGCAACGGUCUCCUUCGUGCCCAACAAUUACUUUCCUUUCCCGUAUAUAGCCACGUCACUUGACCAACGCCAAUGCUCCUCCGCUGUGAGCCAAUGCUCACGGAACUACGAGGUCUGCUUGACGGAACUGCAGGGUGGCAACGACGGGUUCGGCGUAACAAUCGUUGUGCCUGGAGGGGGCGGAACCGUCAUCGAUGCAGAUCGGCCCACCCUAGGCACGUCGGCCACGCCUGUCUGUUCUAGCUUGAGUUCCGAGGCUUGCUCCGGCCUUGAAUCCACACACUGCGCGCAACCUACGACAGUUAACGGUAUUGUUGUUGAGUCUGCCUCUUCCUCGGCAAGCGCGGUAGCAGUCCGCCUGGCUUUCUUUGGGGCCGGUAUCAGUAUCGCCGCGAUAGGGACAUGCCUGUGA